UUUGCAAUACUCUGGUGAAAAAUAAUCGUCCCGUUUGUGUAUAAUUAUAAUCCCAUCUUUAGAAACUAAGAAUGCUGAUAGUAAAGAAUAAUUCAACCUUUUCAUCAGUGAACACAAGUGUCGGGCCCUGUCGCCGCAGAGGUGCUUUUUUGGGCACAACACCGGAAGGAAGUAGGUGUUAGCUGACUGGCGUUGGCAAGCUACGCUUACGAAGUCUGCUGUGGGUUCUAUGGAAGAGAUGUCAGGAGAGAGAGUGGUGAGCUCGGCAGUGCCGGCAGCUACAACACGGACCACGUCCUUCAAGGGCUCCAGCCCCAGUUCAAAGUAUGUGAAACUAAAUGUGGGUGGAGCUCUGUACUAUACUACAAUGCAGACCCUUACCAAACAGGACACGAUGCUCAAAGCUAUGUUCAGUGGCAGGAUGGAAGUGUUGACGGACAGCGAAGGUUGGAUUUUGAUUGAUCGCUGUGGGAAACACUUUGGAACAAUCCUUAACUACCUUAGAGACGGAGCUGUCCCGCUCCCAGACAGCCGUCGAGAAACUGAGGAGCUCCUUGCUGAAGCCAAGUAUUACCUGGUCCAAGGCCUUGCUGAUGAAUGUACGGCUGCUUUGCAGAACAAAGAAACAUAUGAACCCCUUUGCAAAGUGCCUCUCAUGACAUCAUCUAAAGAAGAGCAGAGACUCAUCGCAACCUCAAAAAGGCCCACUGUGAAACUGCUGUAUAACAGAAGCAACAACAAAUAUUCAUAUACUAGCAAUUCUGAUGACAACAUGCUGAAAAAUAUCGAGCUGUUUGACAAGUUGUCACUGCGGUUCAAUGGCCGAGUUCUCUUCAUCAAAGAUGUGAUCGGGGAUGAGAUCUGCUGUUGGUCAUUUUAUGGCCAGGGUCGUAAGAUUGCCGAAGUGUGUUGCACCUCCAUCGUUUAUGCCACAGAGAAGAAACAGACAAAGGUUGAGUUCCCCGAGGCACGAAUUUAUGAGGAGACCCUCAACAUCCUUUUGUAUGAGGCCCAUGAUGGUCGGGGUCCAGAUAACGCUCUGCUAGAGGCCACAGGUGGUGCGGCAGGACGACCCAAUCAUCUGGAUGACGACGAUCGCGUUCGUAAGAUUCACGUCAAACGACCAGAUGAUCGCACACACCACCACCAGUGACCUCCCUGUUCAGACCCAGCAGCCCGUUUCUCUGAUUCUGGACAGUCUCUGCGCCAUGCGUGUGCCUUAGAACACCCAGCACCUCUCUUGACCUCCAAUCUUCUCCUACCAGCUCCUCCAGAAGACGACUGUGAGACGAGUGUCAUACAGCAGUGUGUAGAGGUGGAAUGUGUGUGUUUUUGUCCUACUUGUCGAGCUCUCAGGCAGUGGUGUAUUGUCCUUUUUUUUUUUUUUUGUAUGUUUAUUAGACAGAAUAGUUUCUUCAGCAGGAGAUUACAUGGAUGUUUGCUUUCAGCACAACAGGCGUCCAGUUUAGCCAGUGUGUUUGUGGGGAAGGAGAACUGUGCAGAAAAUAUUUAAAGGUCCAGUGUAUGUGACGUAUACGAGUUAGAUCAUGUAACCAGUAAAAACUAAAGUAGAUUAUUCAGCUUCUCCUCGCUAGUUCUGACACGCCUACUUUGUGGUCAUCAGUGGGAAAAAAGUGGCUGUUCACAACGUGGCCACAUGGUGGUACUGUUUUACUCUUAUGUGUCACUACAGCUAACUUGUUGCCUGCUGAUUACAGCAAAUAUCUAAAAUAAUGAGAUGUCACAAAAAUAUGAACAUUUCACAGUAUUUAGUUUUAACAUUGAUGUUUGACCCUUCACUCCACUAAACGAAUCCUUGUGUUUCAGUGGAGGGAACUUGAGCUGUGACCUGAGGUGUUAAAUGUGCCAGGCUGAUUGAAUAAUGUCUGCUGAGGUUAUAGUGAAUGACUGUAACUGGAGAUCCCAGCAGCAGGAAGGAAACCCUGUCUACAUGCUUUUUAACAGGGAGACAUUCAUCCUUCAUCGGCGUAUUCAUCACAGACUGUACCGUCUGAGCUCAGUCAGUUAGUUUGUGUCGGUCUGUAGUCCAAAGAGUAAACAUAAAUGUAUGUUUUAUAUUUAUACAUCAUCACAAAUAAAUUUGUAUAAACCUUU